AUGACUGCAGCUGGGUCCCAGGUUUCAGGGUUGCUAGAACGAUCCAGGGCACAGCUACAGGAAUCCAUGUCAAGUAGCACCCACAGCAGGGAGAGCUCCACUCACUACUUUAUAGCACUCUCAUACGUAAAAGUGAGCAUGCUGAACAUCUUCCUGAAGUUGAUCACGGAGAGCUCGAGAGAUCCGAGUUCAUCACCUACCCACAACUCCGCAUCAAGUCCAAGUCCUUUUCCAGGGGGAGUUCUUUUCCAAGUCCUACUCCAGGGGAGUAUGAUUACUCUAUCCUUUAACCCUCAUGUGAAUCCACUCCCGACUGGCUAUGAGGAUGAAUAA